CCGCCCCGUUGGCACAGUAGUGGGGGGGGUCGGGGCUCUGCAGAAUGUCGCUUCCCGAGCCCCUGAGGCGGCGUCUGAGCUCUUUCAGCCGCACCGUCUUCACUGACAGCCACCGCACCGGCCCGCAGUACCGGGGCGAUCGCGCAGAUAAUGAAAUAGCUUCCAGUUUGCCACUGCAGAUGUCCCUCUAUUUCAACGUUUAUUUUUUCCCAUUUUGGUGGCUUAGCACAGUUGCUAUGCUCUAUCUGAAGUAUCCAGUCUUGUCAGAUUACUACAAGUUCAUCCUGGUCACAAUCAUGAUUCUGACCUCUCUAAUAGAGGUCAUUCGACUCUACUUAGGAUACAUGGGCAAUCUGCAGGAGAAGGUCCCUGAGCUGGCUGGGUUUUGGCUCCUGAGUCUCCUCCUGCAGUUGCCUAUAAUUAACUUCCUGCUAUUUAAUGAAGGUCUGAAAAUUCAGCCACUGGAACGAGCAGUCCACGUCAUCUUUGCUCUCUUCCUCACCUCCCAAGUCAUUGCAGCAUUUUUUGCCCUGAAAAGAAUGGUAAACAAACUGGCAACUCACUUCCGCCUUCAUGAAUUUGACCGUCUUGAGGAGCAUCCUGUACCUGAUUUUUACAGCCUGGGUGAAGAAGGGAGAGCAGUUCCCAUGGCUGGGAGGGGGCCAUGCUGAGGAGGUUCCCUUGACAAGGACUCUCUGGGGAUUAUGUACUGUGGGCCUGAGAAGCUAAUAGAGGGGGGACACUUGUUGCUACAGCUCUGUUUCCAUUUUGUUGCAUCAUUCUUUACCUUCCUACAUUAGAAAUAUUAAAAAAAAAAUAAAUAAGAUACUGCUUAAAAAACAGCAUUAAACCUUAAACCUCAGAGACUGGAGAACUCUGCAAGAAGAAUCAAAGCUAGUCACAUAAGUGGCUGGAGCACACUGCUGCUGGACUCUUACUGCAUAAAGUACUGACAGCACGUUUGGUGGGGUUUGUAUUUUACAAAUUCAUGUGGCAUUCCUAAAAAAAGUAA